AUUACCAAGAAAGCUUGCCAUUCUCCCUCUUUACAGUCACUGACUCAAAAUCUGGAACUUCAAGAUACCAUCAUGGCUAGCACAAGUACCUCAAAUCCUCAUUUGGCAUUCGAUGCUGGUCUAUUGAUGUCAGUUGAUUCAUCAGACCUAGAUGUCAAACACUUCAAAGAUGAGAAGAAACGGGAAGAAUUGAUUCAAUCCAGGGUACUGGCUUCUACAAGAUCAUUCAUCUCAAUACUACAAACAUUACCCAUCACUCAACAUCCUGAUCUUGGUCCUCUUGCUGCUUUACCAGCACCUGCAUACCCUAUCUUACCAAGAGAGAAGCCUUUACCAAAACCACGUGCAGAGACGAAAUGGGAAGCAUUCGCUAAACGCAAGGGAAUUGCAAACAAGAAGAAGGACAAGAUGGUUUGGGAUGAUGAAACCAAGGAAUGGGUACCAAGAUGGGGAUUCAAAGGAAAGAACAAGAAGGAGGAAGAACAAUGGAUUCAUGAAUUGCCCAACAAUGUCGAUGAUGAUUACAACCCUGUUUCCGCUUUGAAGAAACAAAGGAAGGAAAGAAGUUUGCAUAAUAAAGGACAACAGUUGAAGAAUGCCACAAGAGCAAACGCCGAAGUACAAAAGAAGGAAGGCAAAUCCUCCAGUGAUUUGCAGAGCAAACCUUUGGUUCGCGCAAAUGGAGAAAAGAAGCGUGCCGAUCGGGAACAACAAAUGGCAAAAUUGGACGUUGACGUUCUACGUAGUAGAGGAAGUACCGCAAGUAUGGGAAGAUUUGACAAAACUCUGGAAGGAGAACAAAAGGAGAAAGGAAUCAAACGUAAAUUCGAAGCUAACGAGGUUGAUGCAUCCAAAGAAAGAGCUUCGCAUAUGGCUCUUUUGAACAAGAUGACAAAUGGUACACUUGCCGCUAGCAAACGUAAUGGCGAUAAAGAUUUGGUCAAUGUACGUAAAGCUGUUCGAUUUGCCAGCGAUGGAAAAGGAAGUCGAGUCUUGGCAGGCGAUAAAGGAAAGCCAAAAGGCAAAGGCAAACCUAGAAAGUAGAAUUUUUAUCCUUCUUAUGAGAUCUACAUCACGUCAUUUGUAUUUUCUAUUCAUGCAAUUCCGAUAUAUGAUUUUAGUAUACAUACUUUAAUGCUAC